CUAUAUUUCGAAUAUUUCGUAUAUUUCGUAACACAGUAUCUCGAAAGCAGAAACAUCACAGAACACAAAGUGAUAUCAAUCGCGAGCAAUUUAAAAAGUGCCCUCUCGUUGAUUUGCGCUUCCUUGAAGUCUUUGAGAGUGAAGAUCGGCAGUUUCCCUCUUCUGUACUGUGCAAGAGAUCGUUGCAAAGCUAUUAACGUUAGAAUUGGUAUUUAAAGAUCUCUCAUUGGUUUUGUAAGCUCGUUCCCUCUUGCUCGUUGCUGCUUUCAGGUUUUUAGGUUUAAAAAUUUCAAUUCAAUUUAGUAUCUUAAUGGUUUCUUAAUUUUGGAUUUUUAUAAAAUUCGUGUUCUGUAGAAUGAACUUUGGUGAUUCUCAAUUCAUGUUCCUUGAUUUAACCUGUUAGCUUUAUGUAUUGUCAUUUCAGUUUAUGCCUCUGUGAAUUGUUGUUGGUUUGUUAGCUUUCUCAGUCCUAAUUGAAAUUUUUGGGCCUUCUGUUUGGUGUUUGGACAGAAGGGUUGCUUUUGCUGAGUUAUCUUCAUUUGCUAAUCUGAUAAAAGAACAGCACACAGCUAUGCUUCGAUGCAAGAAUUCUGUAGAAGAAUCUCACUAUGACAUUCUAUCUGUCAAAGAAGAUGCUAGCUAUGAAGAAAUUCGUACUAGCUACAAAUUAGCCAUCCUUAAUUAUCAUCCAGAUAAACUGCAAAGCACUUAUCAGAAAUGUGAUAAUCAGAAUAAGUUACAAGAUAGAUUUUUGAAGGUGCAGAACGCUUGGGAAAUCCUUGGCAAUGCAAGGUCACGUGCUGUUUAUGAUAAAGAGCUACGAGCUUUGAGAAAAGAUACAGGAGUUGGAGUUGCAGCAGAAGACCUAAGUUUAGAGGACAUGAUGAUUGAAGAUGGUGGAGAAGUGGUGGAGCUCUUUUACCAGUGCCGAUGUGGUGAUUAUUUCUCAGUUGAUUCUUCAGAGUUGGAGAAAAUGGGAUAUACAUUGUUGAGGGAUGAAAAUAAGGUAUCUUUUGAAACAGCAGCAACAGAUGCUUUAGCAUCAGUUGUUCUGCCUUGUGGUUCAUGUUCUUUGCAAGUCCGUCUAUUGAUUAAUACAGGCAUUAAGGUUCCAAUCAAUGAUAAUAAUCUGUAAUCCUUUAGAUAAUCUUGGCUAGAUGCUUUGUUGAUUUGUUUGAUUGCUUAGGAGUCUACAAAAUGCACAAGUUAAACCUGCCAUUUUCUAGUUUGCAAACCAUAAUUUACAAUUUUGCUUUUCCUUUUAGUUAUGUUUAGGAUUCGUUUGGUGUCAUUGGAAGAUAUAUCCACAGUUGUCAAG